AUGCAUCACCUGAUCGUGCUCCAACGGCGCAGCUACGGCACUAUUUACUACAAAAAGAGAGGGGGCGUCUGGCCGUUUACCCCCGACGGCGCGGCGGGCGGCGCGUUCGCGACCUACGCGCUACGCGCGCAGCAGAGCAACAGAUACGGCGAGGAUCUGAGUGCUCAGCGGCUGAACGAGCUGCCAGCCACCGCCGGCGCGCGCCUCUCACGCCUCCCCCCUACCAACCGCACCCCCUCUGACGUCACCGGUGAAACCUCCGAAAAUUCACAUCAAAGAUCAUUCAACACUUUCGCCGACAAAAUGAAACUGACAUUAGUGUUAUUUGUUGUGGCGUGUGCUUUGAGCCUCGCGUAUGGAGACUUCAUCUGUGGUUCGAGCUAUUGUAAAGACCACCCCUGCACCGAAAAAGUCAGCGCUAAAAGCUGUAAAUCACCAUCGCUGUACCGCGCCAACCAUGCUGGCAAAUGCGCUUGCUGUCCGGCUUGCGUGACUUUGUUAUCUGAAGGAGCUGCCUGUAAAAAGUACAGCAAAGAAGUAGGAGAGACUCCAUCGGCGAUCUGCGCAGAGCCAUUGAAGUGCUUGAAAGGAGUCUGCACCAAAGUAGCACCUAGACAUUAA